UAGCGGAACUAAACAGAAACUGUGUGAACUGCUGAAUAAAUGAUAGGACUUCCCGUUUAUUAAAGCCCAAGCUAGCUCUCAAUUCCGUGCACUGUAAUAAUAUGGACUUUGAAAUAAGAUUACUUUUAUUGCAGCUCUUAUCUGCAUUUUUACCAGAUGGUAUUUUGAUAAAGAGGGUUAACAACAGGGCCACAGCCUAGACCCUUAUCAGGAUAUGCCAGAGAGGAAGAUAGCGAUCUGUGAUAACGUCAGAUGCUGAUGGGACAAAAUAAUGCCACUGAUGGUAUCACUACAAGCCCCGGCUCAGAGCAUCAGGAACACAAGGCUGAGCUCUGUAUAUUGCUCAAGGGUUGUGCAGUGUGUCUGUGUGUAGAGCUGAAUCUACUACCACCACAGCGGAGGCGGCUCGCUCGGCCAGCGCAUACAUGCAAGACUGUGUUGAUUGUUAAUGUGUUUGGUCCACACCACCACCUGGCCUCCAGAUUAGCUUAAUCUGUCUGCAUAUUUUUCAAAGACACCAUUGGAAAUGGCUUUAAUGGAGUAUAGCCAAGACGUGAUGCAAGCCUCCACCCUUGAGAGAGACAGAAAAAGCCAGAGUUCAUCCUUGAAAUCUCUCCAAGAAGCUGCAGAGACUCGCCUACUGGCUCCUUCGCCAGAAGGUUCUGCCAAAGAAAUCCACGGAGCUAGUGAGAACCGUCUUCCACCAUGCUUCAUCCGGGCUUCAGAUGGUGGGCUAGUGACUGGGAGCAUCAUCCCACCUCAUACAGUCUUUGGUCCUUACAAAGGAACCAUCAAGAUGAAAGUGUCUCCAGAAGAUGAAGAGAUAAAGGAGUCUUAUGAUUUCAAAACUUUACGAUCAACCCGGCAGCAUCGAGCUUCCAUCUUUGAGGUGGAUCAAACAGAGAGCAAGCCGCCAUGGUGGAUGUGCAUCAAACAGACCACAGCGCAUCGUAAUGUUAACAUCGCUCUUAUCUCAUAUGGAGGUGCCUUGUACUUAAAGACUCUACGCCAGAUUCCCAAGUCUACAGAGCUUCAAAUGGUAAUAGCAGCUCCUUCAGACGGUGCAGAAGACAACGGUGAUCCUGAGAAUUCAAGGAGUUCCUCCAGUAAUGAGGCCACGCCCGAUGCAUCACCGUCACCAUCACAGAGCAAAGCCAAUACAUCAACAGAAGGUCCUCCGUUCAAAUGUAGCUUCUGUUGCAUUGAAUUCCACAACCCAAGUAAUCUGGAGGCGCACCGAGUGUACUACUGCCCAGGUACAGCAACUGAACCUCUACCCUCCUCCAGAAGACGUUCAACAACGACGAUUUCAAGUCGGUCUGCUACAACACACAGCCAGGUGACUGCAGCAAAGAUCAGUCCACCUAAGCUGGCCCAGUGCCGAGAUACUCCCAUGGAGGUUGACGACGUUCCAGAAGUGACUGCUAGGACGUUUGUGUGUCAGCUCUGCCAGUCGUCGUUUGAAUGCAGGAACAACUGUGAGAGCCAUAUGCUGUUGCUACACUGUGACGAGACCGCCAAUCUCUGUAAGUUCUGCAACUUCAUCAGCAGGAACAGACAGGGUCUGUGCCAGCACGUCUUCUCUCACGUCAGAGAGUUGUCUCAAGAAAAAAGUACUGUGGAAGUUGAGAAAGUUGCUGAGGUAGAUUGGAAAUCGACUGGAGGGAAAGGAGAGGACGAAGGGGAUGAGAAAGAAAACCGAUAUGAGACUGUUAUAAUGUGCAGGAAGACUGGAAGUAGAAUACAGAUAGAUCGCACUAACUUGGCUCCAUCACCGAGGCAUAAGAGACUCACGAGUAGUCCAAGCAACCCAAGGAGUCGCUCAGUCUCAAACCUCUCCUCCCCCUCGCUUGCCUCACCCAGAUCAAACCCAUCGUCUGUAAUAAAGGUGGAGAGGUUUGGUUCAGCAACGCCAGUCAGGGAACAUGGCCAAAAUGGUGCGGAUAGUGUCGUGACAACAUUAAAACAGGAGCCGCAAGAAGACAAUAUACUGUCAUGCCCCAAAUGUGACUUUGUUACAUCGAGGCAGUCGAGUCUCCAGAAGCAUCUGUUUCACCACAAUGAUCUCAUAGAGAAAACUCAAGAUAUUUAUGUGAGCGUGAAAUCCCAAAUGAGCACAGACUCCCAAGUUAAUGAAUCCAUAGACACUGAUGCACCCGCUUUGCCGUCGGACACAAAGUGUCAUGAGUGCAACAUUGUCUUUAUCUCCAAGAAGAACUACUCUGCUCAUAAGCAGUACUACUGCGCAAGUAGGCACGCUAAUAGUGAUAGUCCACCUGCCUCGCUUGAUUCAGAUGUAACAAAUAUCUCAAAUGGGAAAGAGUCAUCGAGCAAAGCGGGCAAAAGCUACGCUAGAAUGGACAGACAAAGGAUGCAAGCCAUGCUGAAGGACAACGUUGAGUCAAAUGAACCAUGUUCUUCAAAAUCUGCCGCAGUGAGUCGUUCACCGCCUUUCGAUACAGAUGAAAGAGAUAACUGCAGUCCAAGAAACGGCAGUUUGCAUCGAACAUCUCAUUUAAAUCUAUCCAGCCCUUCUUCUCUAUCACAAACUCCAGUUUCAUCCACUUCAAAGUCAAGUUCUGAUGACAGAGUUUCAUUUGAGCAUCCAUUACGGAUGAUUCCAAUGGAGGGGAGCGGUAGACCACAGUUUCUUCCGCCGGGUGCAAUGCUGCAUGGACCUCAGUUAGUUCUUGUUACCCCGGUUGUUUUUCCUCAGAAUGGCUCCGAGCAGGGAGACAAAAAAUUACGAAUACCUGUUAUCCGUACUGCGGGCAGAGGGGAGCAGCCCCUGGACCUCAGCACUAAACCCAAAACGCCACCGCUGGGCAAUGUUGCUGAAUCAACCAGCCACAAGAUCGUCAUAUCAAGAGAAAUUUUACAAUCGCCUCCCGCCCAACAGACAAUUCCCGAGCAGCAGUCCGGCAAUCGAUGUGAAGAAUGUGAGAUAACGUUCAGCAAGAAGGAAAGCCUACUCGUUCACAAAGAGUAUUACUGUGCAGGACGUCAUGUGUUUACACCACGUACUGUGGUCAGAACUAAACAGCACAACAUGCAUAAAUUCUCAAGUCAAAGCAGCCUCGUUAAGAGUCCAAGUCCAAACACCCACGCUCACGGGUCACCGAUGGAAACCAGCUUUUUAAAUAUCAACCCUAAAGGCUCAUCUUAUGUUAGGGCGUUUGAUAACCCAGGAUGUGACAGUACCCCAAGUCCACAAAGCUCCACACACUCAGCAUCCUACACCCCGCUGGCGCAGCAAACAGCGAACACUACUACCAGAAUUCCAGGGAGUCAAAUCGCACCAGUUGAGAAACAAGACUGGGAGGAUUUCAGGCGGCACAAGUCUUGGUCACCGAAACUAAAAAGAGCUGCCUUGGACGGGUCUGAUGUCUCGGACAAUGAGUGGUCCCUGCCUCCCAUCAAACGCAAGAGGAACUUGAUGCACAUUGACACUGAAAUUGGUCCGUCAUCUUCAAGCGGAAGUUUGCUAUCGAAUGGUGUGGUUGUUAAACAGGAACUCAAAGAUUUUGAUUCAGUUAUGAAUCCGCAUGAGUGCAUGGACAGCCAACGCAACCAAAACAAGGAGAGUCUGUCGACGACAUCCUUACCCGUACCACCUCAUAGAAGCAGUGUGGAGAUUCAGACAGAUGUAAAGAUCAAACAUGAACCCGGAGAGAGUAUCGCGGAAACUAACGGCCGCUCUCCUAAAUCAUCCAUUCCUCAUAAUGCCACACCCACCUCAUCAUCCAAACUACAUCAUCGAGAACUGAAGAUGGAUUCUGCUAAAAACAGACCUCGCCAUCCAUCCCGGCCACCGGUGAUGAUACACUCAGUCACGCCUCUAACAAUCCCUGUAUAUAAGCAUCCAUCCAUCAGGCAACCUCAAUCUUCCACAGCACGCAUCACGGUCAACUCUUACCUGACCGGGACUUCCAGACCACUGCUGAGAGGCUUAAAACCGACGGUCAAGCAUUGCCGGAACUGUAACAUCUCAUUCAGUAGUUUGUCAACAUUCAUUGCUCAUAAGAAGUACUACUGUGCAUCCCACCAUCAAGCCAAAGAUACAGCCACCUAAGAAAAAUAAGCCAUCUUUGCUACAUUGGACAGUUGCAUGCGUCUAAUUCUGCUGAAUCUCUCCACUUAUUUUGGUUAAGAAAGUGUCCAAGGUCAAACUUAGUUUUGUGAUUUACUCAAAUAUUUCAACAGUUUAAGCACUCAUGAAAGUCGGAAAUAAUUACAAGUCUCUAACCACACAUCAAAAAGCAUGUAAAAUGCCAAUUUCAUAGCGAAAUAUUAAACGUGAUGUCAUCGAAAUAAUAGCCCUCUCUGUGUCAAUUUACCAUUUCAUGCGUUUACAUUCUUAGGGCGUUCCCCCACUUAGGAUUGGGCAACUGAUGCGUGUGUAAUGUUUUUCUAUAAGUCCCGAUGUACGCUUUCACAACUUAAAUUUGUAGAAUCAGUUAACGUUUUGUAAUGUAAGGGUGCGAGCAACACAUAGCACUAUCAUUUCUCCUAUUUAAACUAAUGUAAUGAAGUUCAGUCUUUUAAAGGAGAAUAAUCUGGCUCUGUUUUUGUGUUGAACAAAAUAAUAAUAAUAGUGUGGCAAGCAUGCAGGGAACACAACAGCAGUAAGAGGGUCCUUUUGGAAAAUAAGGCUGUAUCCGAUGUUUGCGGCUACAGCAACAGUUACUGGGGUGGCUACGACUGUUGCUAGGUGGCUAUGACUGUUGCUAGGGUGUUGCUAAGGAAGCCCUAUACUUCAAUGCAUGAUGACGAGGAAUUCUAGGCGUAGCCACUUUUUUUGGACACUGCUUUAUACUUACCAUCUAUGAGUUUUUUAAAGGCACUGGACACUUUUGGUCAUUACUCAAAAUAAUUUUUAGCUAGUAACAAGU